AUGGCCUCUACGCGACUCCCCGAGAUUCGAAACGACCCAUCAAAAAUCCAGCUUGAGAGGAUUUCUCACGUCUUGUUCGAUCACCCGGACCUCGACGUAUUUGACAAAUUUGCCUCGGACUUUGGCUUCAUCAAGGUCGAGCACAAUGAUGAAGACAUCGCUAUCUACCGCGGCUAUGGCAAGGACCAGUAUUGCUACGUGGCACACAAGUCGACGUCUGGAGAGCCGCAGUUCCGAGGCGCGGCGUUCCUCGCGCAGACACGGGCGGAUUUUGAUAAGGCAGCGGUCAUGGAUGGUGCAGAAGUCACGAGCCUUUCUCAUUUUCCGGGGGGCGGCCAGAGGGUCACCGUCCAGUCGCCAUCUGGGUUCCCCUUGCACAUUGUAUACGGCAAAUUCCAUCGUUUUCACUCGGGUCCUGCCCUUGUACACAAGCUCGGUCACUACGGAUUCGUCGUUGCAAACUGGGAUGAAGAAACCCGAUGGUACACGGGAAAAUUCAAUCUCGUCCCGUCUGAUGUGCAAUUCGAUCCCAGCAAUGAGGAUCUAGACGUGAUCACGUUCCUCCACUUAGACCUUGGACAGCGCUACACGGACCACCACACACUUUUCGUCUCCCGGGCGCAACCUGGAGAACAUGACCGGAUGCACCACACGUCCUACGAGGUCGAGGAUUUUGAUACGCAGAUUCUUGGGCAUGACUGGCUGGCUGACAAGGGCUACAAAAGCGUUUGGGGUGUGGGGAGGCAUAUACUGGGGUCGCAAAUUUUCGACUACUGGAGGGACACGAGCGGGUUCACAAUUGAGCACUACGCGGACGGCGAUGUUGUGAAUGCAGACACAGGAAUGCAGAGAAGCGUGGCAGGUCCAUUUGCAGUCUGGGGUCCGGAAAUGAACGGCACCAUGUCUGAAGAUGGCACCCGGCCCACUGCUGCUUAA